UAGCUUGUUGUAUACGCCAUCUAUUGGGGCAAUGGUAAAUUAACAUAACCCAUGUAUUUACGGUUGGUAGCACUAAGAAUAGGUUAGUAAGUUUGUUUUUAUAAGGUUCCUAGUAACAAAAAAGAGAGUAAGAAGAAUAUGGCGGCAGCAUAUUCAGUUUGUUCGUUUUAGUUUUUGUUCUUGUAAUUGUUAACAGAAAUAAAACUCGUGAAGAGUAAAAAGACCUGGUUUAAUUAAAAAGUAAAUUCACGGACCUCAAAACAACAGGUUAUGUGCCCAGAUCACAGCCCAGAUCACAGCCCAGACACAGAAUAGAAAACCAAGGUCUCGCACUAAAAACGGCAAGGACAAAACGACAAGUAAAAUUUCGGGAAAGUGUAUCGGAGUGUUAAGAGUAAAAACAUUAAAAGUAAAAACAGUAAAACCGAAAAAAUGUCUGAAAAUAACGCUGCAUUAAAACUAAAUGGAGAUAACUGGCCAGUCUGGAAAUUUCAAACAAGCAUCAUACUAAAAGGUCGUAGUUUAUUUGAAGUAGUGGAUGGAUCCAAAGUAAAACCAACCACAGGAGUUGAAGAAAUAAAUAAGUGGAUGAAAGAAGAUGCAAAGGCCCAAGAAUUACUGGUAACAAGAAUGGAAGAAGGACCAUUAACGCAUGUACUGUCUUGUGAAAUGUCCAAAGAAAUAUGGAGUAAACUAAAAACAGUAUAUGACAAGGAAUCAGUGGUGAGUGUACACCUUUUACAAGAACGUUUCUUCUCACUGCAGUUUGAUUCAAGUGCGAAACUCUAUCAGAGAAAAUGGUAAUAACCAAGAUCUUAAUGUCUCUCCCAGAGCAAUUUAAGCAUUUUAGAUCAGCGUGGGAAUCUGUUCCAGUAGAUAACCAAAGUCUCGAAGAGUUAACUUCAAGAUUACUUCUAGAAGAAGAAAGAUGCAAGUCUUUGGAAAAUGCAACUGCAUUGGCAACUAAAACCAGUGAAAAACCUCAAGGAAAGAAAUGUUAUAUAUGUUCAAAGGUAGGCCAUAUUGCUAGAGAUUGUUAUUUCAGGCACAAGAA